CCUCUUUUGCUAUGUGGUAUGUACAGUUGUCCAUAGCAUCAGUUUAAAAUACAUAUGCCCAUUUUCCUAUAGCAAUUAUUACAGGAGAGUACAAAAAACCAUAGAUCGAAAAAUGAAAAAGAAAGAAAACUAUCUCAGUCUUUCACACUAGACAUUACUACAGAUGAAAAACAAAGUAUUGGGAAAAGAGGGCAAGCUAAGCAUAAAAACCAAUGUUUUUACCAAGAUAAGAGUUUUGUUUCUUAAGUUCUAUCUGCAACGAGCUUAAAAUCUUUUUUUAAGAAACUCUAUUUAAACUUGUUUUCAAUGUAGUUCCUGGCAAAUGAGUGAGCACACUCCUACCUAAAUCUGUCUUUAUUGACUUUAGACACUUUUAACUAUAAUUAGAUUUCUUUCCUUUCACCCCCAUCCUAGCCUAUGUUUUUCAAGGAUAAACAUGUUAAGCUUGAAAAGCUGUUACCACUAACUCUUCUAAUCAAAUUUGUUUUUUGAAUCUCUUGACUUUUCCAUCACGGACCUCUUUUUUCAUAUUUGGUGCUUAAAAAUGUACACAAUAGACACCCUACAAACAUCCCCUUUUAAGUGGAACUAUUAUUUUUCUUAGCUUUUUAAGUUCCUGAGUUUUUUUUUAAUUUUAUUGAUUUAAUUUAGACCAUGGAUGUUUAAAACCUCGUACAUGUAUUUUUAAAUAAGACUGUUUAAAGUGAGGUAUCUUUGAAAAACAUUCAUUAUGUAGAAUUAUACUGGUACAGCAUGCACAUCUUCUUAAUAAAAAUAUUUGACACUGAAAGAAUGCUUGAAUGUGUUACCAUAAAAGUAGAUUGUUUCCUUGUGGAUAAUAUGAAAAUCCCAGUAUCCACACACUGUAAUACACUCAGUAAAUCUGUCAUGAUUGAAUGUAACCUUUAUUACAUGCAGGCUGGGAGUUAGAUCAUGCCAUUUUUUAGGCACUGCAGACUGAAUGUUGAUGACAUACACAUUACAGCACAGGCAUGUUCUAGCAGGGCACAGCUGCAGGCAGAAGCUAAAGAACAAUUCAUUUUUCAUGUGUAUAUCUUUCUUUUGUUUUGACUCUAGAUACAUGUUUUAUGAUUAACAGAGACUGCUUUAAAAUGCCCGUGUGUAGGUAGCUAAAGCAGACGGCAGAAUGCAGGAGAAGCUUAGCUUUACUGUGAAGUCUGAGUGUAACCUAACUAGCUAGAGGAUAUGCAAUUCCUGAUUGACAGCAGGACUAGCAUUAUGCAAAUGCUGUAAGAGCUAACAGCAGCUGGGAAACAGUGAUCAGGGGCUCUGUUAGGGAUCUCUACACACGCCACACUUAUCUCUCUAGUUUUUAUUUCUCCUUCUGCUGUUGUGAUUUAUUUCAACAAUCAAUAAAUUACACAAAACAUUUGUUGCUUUUUUGACGUUAUUACAUUUAAAAUCUCAGAGCAGUUUCAGUUUUUCAGCUAGAGAUCUGUGUGAGAGCUUGUUACUCAAACUAAAUUGUGUUAUUUUCAGCUGGACAACAUGCUUAUCUUUAAACCUUUCUGUUUUUAAAUCCUGUGCAUGUCUGGUCUCUUCAUACUAAAGUGUAUUUUGCUUGUUUCUUUCUGUCGUCUUCAGUUUGAAGCCUUAUGUAGGUCAGGCUUGGCUUAAGCAGAUUUCCUGAACCUGCGUCAGCUUAAGCUGAAGGAAUUUUAAUAAACCCUCCCUUGUAGGCGUGGGCCUAAAUGAGACUAGCCUAGUUAAGCCUGAUCUUUUUCUGUUUGUGAAAAAGAGCUGAGCAGAGCUAGGGACUGCAUGGUGGUUUCAAAAACUGACUCCUUAAUUCAGAGAUAAGAAUGGUUGGAAAGGCCAGAUCUUCUAAUUUUACCUUGUCUGAAAAGCUUGAUUUGCUAAAACUCGUGAAGCCGUAUGUUAAAAUUCUUGAAGAACAUACAAAUAAGCAUUCAGUAAUAGUGGAAAAAAACAAAUGCUGGGAUAUCAUAGCCGAUAACUACAAUGCCAUCGGAGUAGAUCGCCCUCCUCGUACUGCACAGGGCCUGCGCACGCUGUACAAGAGGCUCAAAGAAUAUGCCAAACAGGAGCUGUUGCAGCAAAAGGAGACCCAUUCAGAUUAUAAAAGCAGCAUUUCUGAGCCAACCAAGAAAGUUGUGGAGAUGAUUCCACAGAUUUCCAGUGUGUGUUUAAGAGACAGGAGCAGUUUACAAAGUGCUAACAUGGAUAAAGAAAUAGUUGCUGGUACCAGCUCCCCACAAGCAGUGUUGGAUCAUCAUCCUGCUGCUGUCGCAAUGGAGUUGGAACCAGAAGAGGAUGUCAAACCUCCUCCUUCUUUGGCUGUAGAUUCACAGCAGAAUGAGGAUUUAGAACAAGGAGAAGAACACCAAUUGGUGCAUGUUAUGGAGCAAUCUCCUUCAACUUCUCUGUCUUCUGUUGAUAUGAGAAUGAUGUUGUCACCAUCUCCCAUCCCAAGAAGAGAUGAUUUUUUUAGGCUCGAGGUUGGAGAACGCUUUAGGCCAAAUUGUGGGUAUGACCCACAGAUGUUGCAAAUGCUAAAAGAGGAGCAUCAGAUAAUCUUGGAAAAUCAAAGAAAAAUUGGGCUUUAUGUCCAAGAAAAGAGGGAUGGCUUGAAAAGAAAGCAGCAGCUGGAAGAAGAGCUGUUGAAAGCAAAAAUCAAAGUAGAGAAGCUGAAGGCAAUAAGACUACGACAUGAUCUGCCAGAAUACAACAGUCUUUAAAUAUUAAUAAUCUCUGUCACGUAAUCUGAAAUGGUUUAUUUUCUGAGAUACUUUAUUAUAAAUUCUUUUAGCUUAGUAAAAUGAUUUGUUAAAUUGGAUGGCUCUCAGACCAGUCUUGAAAAACGAAUGCAUGCUUUCUUUUUUGUUAUGUACACUAGCAGAAAUGUCAAAUGUCUUACAGGUUUGAGUCUUUUCAAUAUUUUAGUCUGAAGUAUAAUCAAAUACAGUAGUUCUAAGUGUGUAAGAUAAAAACUGCCUGUGGAAAUCUUCUACAGAUCUUUAUUAGAGCUAGAACAAGCUAAUGAAAAUUUAGGUAGGUGUUCUAAAAUAUGUUGAUUUUAUGCUUUAUUCUUUUUUCAGAGCAAUUCCUAUCCUUUUUAAUAUUCCUUAUGAAGUUAUUUGAAAAUUAAUAAAUAUAUAUAAAAAGAGAAAUAAUGUUUUUAUAUAUCUUUUCACUCAUUUUAAAUUAGUACAGCCUAUGGCAAUGGUAAGAUUUUACUAAUGUGUUAUUUGCUUGAAAAACAUAGAAAAGAAACUGUCUGGAUUGUGGGGUUUUUAUGCUCAACUGAGGAAAUGUUGAGUAAAUGCAUGUAUCUUUUUAAAAUUGAACUCCUUUCUAAUAUUUAAUGGAUGAAAGUUUCCAUAAGAUCAUUUCAAAAUAGAGAUGCUGAAGGCAACACUCACAUUUUCAAAAUGGCAUGUAUGCAUAAUUAGUGUGCACAGUUACUGAGAUUGUAUAUUCAAUUGUGAUAAUUACAUUGGCAAGUGACUAGGAAGAUAUCUAAUUUGUUAAUUUCCAUGCAUAAUUACUAUGAUACAUAUGCAACCAAGACAGUUGCAGGUGCAUUUGAAUCAACAUCACUGUUGUGUUAUAGUUAUCAAAAUGCAAUAAUUUCUGUACAUAAAUAAUUUGUGACCCAAAAUCCAAAUAAGAGCCUUUAUUUAGGAUAAUUUGAAUAGUGUGAUAUUUUGAUUUAUUUACAAAUAUAAAUCCCAAGCCCUCCCCCCCCCCAAAUCCUUCUUAGCAGCACCCCUUUGGUUGUAGUUUAUUCCAUAUAGUAUUAUGACAACUAGUCAGGAAGGCAAGCACCAGACUGCCUGCUUCUUCAUGGUUCUUUGUCUUCUGCCCUCUGGAAAUGUGUAGCAGCAUGUGCCUCAGGCCAGAUGUACACUAGAGCUAGACUUAAAAUACAUAGCUAGAGUUGGCUUACCUUAAGCCGAGCUUGACAUUGUCUUCACAGUGGGAGGACGAUGGGAGCUAAUGCUCCCAUUGGCUUCCUUUACUCCUCACCUGGUGCUGCCUUAAGCAUUCGAUUUAGUGUGUCUUAACUAGACCCACUAAAUGGAAUGCCAGAAGAUUGAUCUCCAGCAUGGCAUGUAGAGACAUAGCCAUACUCCUUCUGGCUUCAUAUUUCUUCUAACACUAUGUUCUCUUCCUCCAAC